UCAGUGCUCUGGUCCUGCCCUCCUGCUGCCAAACUAUAAGACUAAAGGUCUCCUGGAGUCAGUCGACUCUGACAGGAUGUGCUCCGCAUGCUGCCCAGCUGCCACUCCACAGACACUGAAGGUGUUCUGUGUUUGGGUGUGUAUGUUCUACUCCACCAUGUGUCUGGCAGCCUGGCCGCUGUCCUCAGAGGCAGCCAAACUCCGCUGUGGUUCUGAUCUCCUUAGUGACCUCAUAUUUGUGUGUGGGGAUCGUGGAAUCUAUUUAGGUAAAGGUACGUGGUCUGGUUACGGCACUCGGCCCAGAGGGAAGGGUAUUGUUGACCAGUGCUGUCGGCCAGCUGGCUGUGAACUUCAGCAUCUGGAGAUGUACUGUGCCAAACCAAAGAGCCAGCAGCACACCACAGCUUACCCAGCCACAACCACAGCACUGCCUACCACUACACUGGCAGACACGGUGGUUCGGGGGUCACAGGGUGGGAUCAGAAAGAUCAAGCGCAGCAGUUCCAAGCAGUAUUUCAAAAAAGACUUUCUGAACACCUGGGGCCCCCCAACGGACCAAAGAGGGAAGCUUACAGAAGGAGAACACAGCCUUCUCUCAGACGGAAAAACAAAGUUUCAUCAUCCCGCAGGAGAGUUAAAACAAGAAGCACCACCAACAGGCCUCCCUUAACCUCUAGGCGUCCCCUUCAUAGAAUGACGACAUUUGAAUCAUGACCCUUAACCUCAUGAAAAACUAAAUAUUUAUAGUUACUAGAUUGGACCCAGCAAGUUUGAAAGACUGAUGCUGACUGUUGUAAUAAGAUAAAAAUUCUCUACUAAGUAGGGUUCACAGUGGUCAAAAUCAGAGAGAGGGAGGGGACCACAGGGUUACCAGGUAACAAAACAUACCCAUACUGGAAGUCUUCAGUGCCAGCAAAAAAUAGACAGUUGAAGUCCUGACACCAUCUCUGGGCUACCUGCUAUUUUGCUAGCCUUUUGCUAGCCUUUGUGGAAUUUUCUUUCUCUUUCAUCUGUUGUGGCGCAAAAUGUCAUUGUAUGUAUUAUACACUCUUUUCUAAUGUUACUGUCUAGUGUUUUCAGCUUGUGUGCAGUACUGUAACAGACAUGUCUGGACUAGGGAGCUUGACAAAUUCAUCCUGAUAGCUCUCUACAUGGCUGGACAUGUUCUCAUCCCAAGUCGUGAUAUAUUGCAGCUUUGUCACUGGCCUUUCACGCCUACGUAUUACGCCUUAGAGGUUCUCUUGCUUCUGCUGUUGACUUUCCCAGGCAUUGCAACCAAUGCUGGGAUGUCAACAAAAGAAUGUGGUCAGGUUUAAAAAAAAAAAAAACAUCAUGGUUUGGCUCUACAUUGAUACAGGAAAAAUAUAUCGGGUUCCCCGGGAAAGUCUAGGGUUUGUUGGACCAUGAAGGCUGCUCAAUGUUAAACAAACAAAUGGAGUGUGCCACAUGAUGCACUAUUUAUUUUUAAAGAAAUUUCCUCGUUUCAAGUGUGAUUGUGUAGGAGAUUUUCUUCCUUCUCCUUCAGAACCCAGUAGUGUCGCUUUUACUUUGGCUCUUUAUUCAGCCCAGUCACCAGAAGAAAAUAUUGGCAUUGUUCAUUUCUGCAAACCAUAAAUAUGUUACAAAUGUAUGUUUUAUAUGUAUCAUAUCAAUGUUUCUACAGGGACGUAGUAUAUGAGCUGAAUUUGUCAUCAGGAGGUGAAAGGGUUGUUGGAUGGUGUCACGAGGCGAGACGUCUAUAAAGUGUAGACCACUGUUCAAGACCAAUAAAACCAGUUGUUAUUUAGCGAGUCAUUUUAGGCAUGAACAGCAGCUGUUUUUCACCCAGACAAAUAAUGGGGAUUGUGCCCCCCAAAAUAGGUAUUUUAAUCCAAAACAUAAUCUCUUCCUAGUCAUAACCAAAUGGUUUUUGUGCCAAAAUCUAACCACAAGUUAACCACUGCAUUAUUGAAAUGUUAAGUUUUGACGCAUCUACUACAUCAGUGGUUCCCAACUGGUGGGUCGCAGUCCAAAAGUGGAUCAUGGUUCCAUUCUGAAUGGGCUGCAAGUAACUUGAGAUGUGUCAACUUACUAAAAAAAACAGUUUUUUUAACAGUGAAUUGAACAGUCAAUUUCCAGCACAGAGCUUUUAUUUUGAAGUGCCGUUUUCUGCUGUAGAGUGACUGAAUAACUAAUCUAUUCUAUAGAUAACUAUCUAUUAAACUUAUGACUAAGGAGCAAUCUGGACCCUAGUGGUGGACAAUACCGCAAAAUUUGCUUUCAAUCCAAUACCAAGUGAAACAGGGCCAGAAUUGCCGAUAUCAAUACCAAUACAAUACUUUUUAUUAUUUAAAAUGGCAGAUUUUUCUUCUGAAGGGAAAAGCAGUGUAUCUUGAUGUAUGGGGUGAAUAAUCAAUCUAUUUAAGUAACAGCUAAUGAUGACCAAUUACAGUUGAAAGUGUAAAAUGAACCAAUACUGAAGAUCUGAUUUGACUAAAAUAUUAUUUUCACUAAGCUGCUAUAUACCUGUAUGAGCUUCUCUGAACAGACUCUGCUAGUGAACUCUGUCUCUGUAUCGGGGGUCUGAAUGUUGAGGUGUUUUCCACUCCCUCCCUUCUUUUGGGUUGCAGCUCUGAGUUCUCUUUCCCCUGUUUUUACCUCUGUCAUUAAGCCAUGACUGCUACUGGUGUCGGAUUACACUAGUCAUGCUCGGACACACCUUCCUUAUCAAAUGUUCAUCCAUGGAAGCACAGAUGCACACGCAGUUUUAUUCCUAGUACAACUGAGGGUCCGUAUCAGUCCUCAGCAAUAAAUGGAACAGCUGGGGAGGUGAGCUUACCAUCCUCCUACUGCCAACAUUGGGUGAAAUUGAAACUGAAAAGAUGCUGCAGGGUCUGUAGUAAGUUGAUUGAGUGUGGACAACAAAAAAGCAGUAGAGAAGCAAAGAGUGCAUGCACUAAAUGUGUUCAUGACAACAGAACAUUGUUUCACAGACAAUAACAGAAAUACAAAUAUUUACAACAUAGAAGAGAGAAACUGAUCCCUUUUUGGUAACGAUUUUAUUGGUGCUAGGAUCAAUCUUCAAAAUGAAAACAUAGAAUCGAGGGUAUCAAUAUUUUGGUAUGGAUCCGCCCAACCCCACUUGACCCUGUGGCUGGAGCAGUUCAGAACCACUGCCCUACAUGAUAACGUGUGAAUGUCACAUAUCUGUGGUUUUGUAGAAACGUAGUAUGCCACGUUUUUUUCCUGGCCAUUGGGUUGCUCUAUUAGUCCUUUUCCACUGCAGCAGCUGAAGCUUCCAAUAACCUGAACUGUUAAAACCCUAGUGUUUCCACUGUAAUUAAACCUGUAAUUGUUGUUUUGGAUUCUUGUUUUAUCACCUUUACAGUUAUUAUGAUAAAUGUGUUAGCAAAUAGUGACACACAUUCAUGCUGAGCAGGUAGUGUACAGUGGGGUGUUUAUGUGUAAUGUUACAUUCCUGCAAUGGAAAAGAGUUUUGUUGCAUCAGUUGAUAAUGUGUCUACUUAGAUGUGCUAUUUGAAGAGUGCGCAGAUUAAUCAUGACACUGAGAUGUUAGCUUGUUAGUUAUGGUAGCUAACAAUGCUUUCUGGUUUGUCUUUUUUAAAACACACUAAUUAUCAUAAGUGAUUUAUAACAUAUAUGUGACACACCAAACUCUGUGUCGUGUGGAAUAUAGUGCACAGCAUCUGUUCACAUGUAUUGUAACACUGUUUUAUAGCACUUUUGACUGAAUUACAGUAUGUAGCUUUACUGGGUGUUUGGGGUGCAGACAUUAUAAUGUACCAGGGAAGUUUGUGGUCUGACUGAAUGGGUCUGAUAGAACUUGUGCUGAGUUUUCUUUUUUCUUUUUCUAAGAUCAUGUUUAUUAUUUUGUGUUUUAUGUAGAAGACUUUUAAUGCAUUCAUUAUUUAUUUCACUUUGACAAAAUAAGACUAUGAUAAAUAUUAAAACUUUACAAUUCUUUGUGAUUUAUAACUUAUUUAUAGCCCAUCCCUCAUGGGAUUAUUCAGACACAUUUUAAACAAAACACUUUCCAGUGCCAUCAC